GGGAUGCGCUGCAGCGAAUGGUCGCGCGGGGCGCCGCUCUGAGUGACCUUUCACCCGCGCCCAGCGGCCUCGGGCGGCAGCACAAGGCGGAAGCCAUGGCGGAGGCGGCGGGAGAGGCGGGCGCGAGCGAGCGGGACCCAGACGCGGUCCGCGCGCGUCGGCGGCUGCGGGUUCUGUCGGGCCAUCUGCUGGGCCGGCCCCAGGAGGCUCCAAGUACCAAUGAGUGCAAAGCGCGGAGAGCCGCGUCGGCGGCCGGGGCGUCGCCCGCUGCUUCUCCCGCCGCGCCGGAGUCGGGCACCAUCCCCAAGAAGCGGCAAGAACUUAUGAAAUGGAAUGGAUGGGGCUAUAAUGAUUCCAAGUUCUUACUGAAUAAGAAGGGCCAGGUUGAGCUGACUGGGAAAAGGUACCCUCUUAGUGGCUUGGCUUUACCAACUUUGAAAGACUGGAUCCAAAACACCCUUGGAGUAAAUCUGGAGCAUAAAACUACCUCUAAACCAUCCAUAAAUCCUAGUGAAGCACCUCCUUCUAUUGUGAAUGAAGAUUUCCUUCAGGAACUUAAAGAAGCUCAUAUUUCCUACUCACAAGACGCAGAUGAUCGUGUGUUUAGAGCUCACGGUCAUUGUCUUCAUGAGAUAUUUUUGCUCAGAGAAGGGAUGUUUGAGCGGAUUCCUGAUAUAGUUGUAUGGCCAACAUGUCAUGAUGAUGUAGUUAAGAUUGUGAAUCUAGCGUGCAAAUAUAACCUUUGUAUCAUACCAAUUGGUGGGGGAACGAGUGUAUCCUAUGGCCUGAUGUGCCCUGCAGAUGAGACAAGAACAAUAAUUUCUUUGGAUACUUCACAAAUGAACCGGAUUCUCUGGGUUGAUGAGAACAAUCUGACAGCUCACGUAGAGGCUGGGAUAACAGGACAAGAUUUGGAAAGACAGCUUAAAGAAAGUGGUUAUUGUACAGGUCAUGAACCGGACUCCCUAGAAUUCAGCACUGUGGGAGGAUGGAUAUCUACUCGAGCAUCAGGCAUGAAGAAGAAUGUCUACGGCAAUAUUGAGGACCUGGUGGUUCACAUGAAAAUGGUAACACCUAGAGGUGUAAUAGAGAAAAGCUCCCAAGGCCCUCGGAUGUCAACGGGGCCUGAUAUCCAUCACUUCAUCAUGGGCUCUGAAGGAACUCUUGGUGUAAUAACAGAAGCUACAAUAAAAAUCAGACCAACUCCUGAAUACCAAAAGUAUGGUUCAGUGGCUUUCCCUAAUUUUGAACAAGGUGUAGCCUGUUUAAGAGAAAUUGCAAAGCAGAGAUGUGCUCCUGCAUCUAUCCGCCUCAUGGACAACCAGCAGUUUCAGUUUGGGCAUGCUCUUAAACCUCAGGUCUCCUCUAUUUUUACGUCAUUUUUGGAUGGAUUAAAAAAGUUUUAUAUUACAAAGUUUAAAGGAUUUGAUCCAAAUCAAAUAAGCGUAGCCACAUUACUGUUCGAGGGAGACCGUGAGAAGGUUCUUCAGCAUGAAAAACAAGUGUAUGACAUCGCAGCAAAAUUUGGUGGUCUGGCUGCUGGAGAAGAUAACGGGCAGAGGGGUUAUUUGCUGACUUAUGUCAUUGCAUACAUGCGUGAUUUGGGUUUGGAAUACUAUGUAGUAGGAGAAUCUUUUGAGACUUCUGCUCCUUGGGACAGGGUUAUAGAUCUGUGUAGAAAUGUAAAAGAAAGGAUAAGAAGGGAAUGCAAAGAAAGGGGAGUUCAGUUUGCGCCUCUUUCUACGUGCAGGGUGACGCAGACUUACGAUGCAGGUGCAUGUAUCUACUUCUAUUUUGCCUUUAACUACAGGGGAAUUAGUGACCCACUGACUGUGUUUGAACAGACUGAGGCAGCUGCUAGAGAUGAAAUCCUUGCCAAUGGAGGGAGCCUGUCACAUCACCAUGGAGUGGGCAAGUUACGAAAGCAGUGGCUAAAGGAGAGCAUCUCUGAUGUCGGCUUUGGGAUGCUAAAGUCUGUCAAAGACUAUGUGGACCCCAGUAACAUCUUUGGAAACAGAAACCUUUUAUAACUCCAUUAAUAUCAUUAUGGAAAAUGUUACCUUUUAAAAAGUCAUCAGCUAUGGUUAUACCAGUAAUCGAAUAUAUCAUGGGACUGUAUUUCAGCUA